AUGGAAAGGCCAAGGACACACCUUGUGGAGAUCGCGAUUCCUUAUCUUGAAGCAAAGACUCGAACCGUCUGGCUGGAUUUGGUGCAAGCUGGCAGUCAGCGUGUUGUUCUUGAAACCAUAUACGCGACUUACAAGAGUAGUGGUGAAGACGGACCUGAAACCUCGCAACAGGACGUCUCAAGGCCAGCGCCAGCACCACAUCCCAAUACACAGUUCUGCUCUGGCGAAUAUCAAGGUCAACAAGAUACGAAUUCCCAGCAAAUACCACGACAGGACCCCAGCCUUCAGUCCCCUCAAAAUGAGACUCAGUCUCAACAGCAGCGCGUACAACCUCAGCAGGCUAUGCCACGAGCUGCUCAUUCUCACAUCGCUGCUUUCGGAAAGCAACAUGUUACUCGGCAUGCACCACAACUGCAGACCCCCCGUCCACAGCUCCCUGAUCAUGGAGCUCUAGGUCACCCGAAACUUCCCAAUGACUCGCCUCAACCUAGCAUGACACCUAUAGAGCGUCUUGGCACACCGGUGAGCUCGAUAGGCCAGCAGAGUUUCGAUACUCCCCAGUUUCAACUUGAAGAAUAUUCUCCGAAGAAUGAAUUUAGCAUGUCCCUCGAUUCGCCUUUGGGCUCUGUUAGCUCUGAUGUCGCAGGAAUACAGGAAGAAUAUGUGGCACAGCACCCCGAUUCGCCUCAUGUCUCUGUUAGCUCUGAAGCUCUAAGAAUACAGGAAGAAGAUAUAGCAGAGAACCUCGAUUCGCUUUUUGGGUCUGUUAGCUCUGAGAAUUCAGGAAUGCAGGAAGAGCAUGUGGCAGAGGAGCCUCGGCGCGAGGAAAAUACGGCGGAGUACCUGAUGGAUGUGCUUAACAGUUCAAAACAGUAA